ACAAAGCAGUCAGUCACCCUUGAUAAAAAGACGAUAGGAUUUGUAGCCAUGACAAAAACAGCAGGAACCAUCAGUACCAUGAAAUUUGUUUGUGACUAUUGCAAUUUGGAAAUAACUUCGAGUCCAAUUUAUACGGAGACAAAAGUGUUUGCUGGUCGCAAAAUAAGUGACUUGCUUCAAAUUGUGUCAAACUUCAGUUUGCCGACCAACUUUCGUAUUGAAUUGUGUAAUGUUUGCGCAUCCAAUUUAAUAAUCGCAACAUCCUUGAUCGUAAAAACGCAGAAAUUGAUUGACAACAGUUUGAAAAAGAUGGAAACAAUUGACCAAAAUAAAAACGAAGAAGAAGAGCUGAACCAAUUGGAUGUGCAAUUGGUCGAUCUGAAGGAAAAUGGAAGUCCACCUUAUCCCAAUGAGUGUAAGCCAAUAGAUCUUACGAAUGCCGUUCAACUUUUGCCAUCUAAUGAUAAGCCCAAAGAAAAUCAAUCUCUUGUGCAGCUUUUUGGGGCUAGCAUCGCUAGCAAUGUCAAAGAACGCAAAAGCAAAGAAGUGGAAGACCUUACUUCAGAACAUGAAACGAAAGAAGUGACCACAAUUGACAAUUCGUACGUCAAAGAUUUUGGAUGUAGAUUGUGCGACUUUAAGGGUAUGGAAGCAGAGUCACUAAAAAAACAUUUAAAAUCUGUACACCAACUGCAACGUCCAAGAAUAUUUUUUUGCAACGUCUGUCCCAAAUCCUUUGGCUUAAUAAAGACUCUUUCCACACACUUACUAACCCAUGGGAUAAUCAAUCCACAGGACACAGCCAACAGUCAAGAAAAGAUGACGAAAAAAAAGCCAACAGCAACUAAACGUCUGGCUUUAGUUGAAGAGCCUAAAUCAAAAGAAGUGCCCUCAUCAAGUGUUCCAAUUGUCAUACAAAAAAUGGUUGAUCAUGCCAACACUCCUGAUUGUAAUGUCCAGGAUAUUGAAGAAAAUGAAAUAGAAAAUACACUCGAAGACACUGAGAAAAAGGACAAGCCAAUUGAUCAAAGCAAUAAGGUACAGAUUUUAAGUGUAGAGGUAAUUAAGAAGCCAAUCAUAAUUCAGUCCAUCGAGAAUAAUUUUAGUUCCAAGUCAACUAUAUUUAAAUCUUUGGAGAAGCAAACUGAACAGGAAGACCCCAAGACACCAAACAAUUCCUUGGCACUAAGCAUGGAAAUUGAAAGUUCUCCAAGAAAAAUAUUUAAAGCAGAAAAUACUAUCGACUUGAACAAUGCAGAAACUUUUUAUUCAUCGAGUAACGAGAAAUCUCCGACUAAAUCUAUUGAAAAGCUAGAGGACUUAACGAAUGAAUUUAAAUACAAUAUUGUUAAACAGAAACUGGAUAACCCCUUAUAUUAUGAUGACAAAUCAAAGAAAACCUCAAUCAUAGAUGUCGAAAAAGUUGAUGAAAGCUUUGAUUGCAUCAAUCACGAAGUGAUGCCACUCAAAAAAUCUAAAACAGCAUCCUCAAAAACUACUGAAGAUGUUGUUGAUUGCACUCAAUGUGGCAAAACUUUUAAUUCGCUUAAAAGUCUUCAAUCUCAUAUUCAAAAGAUGCAUAAUCAGAUCAUAAAGUGUCCAAUUAAUUGUUUGGAGAAGCAAACUGAACAGGAAGACCCCAAGACCCCUAACCAUUCCUUCUCACUAAGCAUGGAAAUUGAAAGUUCUCCAACAAAAAUAUCUAAAACAGAAAAUACUAUCGACUUGAACAAUGCAGAAACUUUUUAUUCAUCAAGUAACGAGAAAUCUCCGACUACAUCUACUGAAAAGCCAGAGGAGGACUUAACGAAUGAAUCUAAAUACAAUAUUGUUAAACGGAAACUGGAUAACCCUUUAUAUUAUGAUGACAAAUCAAAGAAAACCUCAAUCACAGAUGUUGGAAAAUUUUAUGAAAGCUUUGAUGGCAUCAAUCACGAAGUGAUGCCACUUAAAAAAUCUAAAACAGCAUCCUCAAAAACCAACGAAGAUGUAGUUGAUUGCACUCAAUGUGGCAAAACUGUAAGUUCCCUUAAAAGUCUUCAAUCUCAUAUUCAAAAGAAGCACAAUAAGAUCAUAAAGUGUCCAAUUUGUUUAUCCGUAUAUGCUUGUCACUUGAAAUAUGUGACUCAUUUCAACAAAUGCGAUAAAGGCAAUGGUUUUCCCUGCGGCGUACGGAAAUGCAAGAAAGUUUUCCAAAAUGGUGACUACUUGAUUUCACAUUUGAAAAAGAAACAUGUGUUUCGAUGAUCCUUUACAAACCCAAGAGGCCAAUGCCAGCAACUAUACUAGGAAUCUAAAAACUGUAAUUAUAACUUGCAGAUUUUAAUUCGCGAUAAUUUAAAAUUUUGGCCACGUUCAUAUCAAUGUAAUCACAUACAGUACAACAAAACCAAUUAAUAACAACAUUGUUUAGAGCAAACAUAAUAAA